GGUGAGAGAGAGAUACGCACAUGCAUACAAUUUGUGGCACGCUGAGCCAAUCAGAGACGAGCUUGAAGCAGAGCGUCAAUACACGGCACACUGUUACGCCGAGUUGAGGUUUAAACAUUCGCGAAAUGGAAAGUAAAAAUUUAUCCACAGAAUACGAGAAUGGUGUCGAACAAUCUCUACCAUUGAAUUCAACCACAUCGUUGGCGACAAAUGCGCCCGAAGAAAGUUCACGUGGAGCAUGGGAUAAUAAAAUACAGUACAUGUUUAUGGUGAUCAGCUACGCCGUCGGAUUAGGAAAUGUAUGGAGGUUCCCGUAUUUGUGUCAGAAACAUGGAGGAGGUGCGUUCCUUAUUCCAUACCUUGUCAUGUUGUUUGCAGAGGGGAUGCCUUUACUCUACCUGGAGUUGGCCAUUGGACAGAAAUUUCAAAAAGGUAGCAUUGGCGUAUGGAAUGCCAUUCAUCCAUAUCUUGGAGGAAUCGGUAUCGCGAGUGCCGUCGUCUCUCUGUUAUUAGCAAUCUAUUACAACGCCAUUAUUACUUGGUGUUUUUUUUACUUAUUCAAUUCAUUCCAAAAAAAUCUGCCCUGGGAAAAAUGUCCCUAUGAUGGCAAUGUGACUGUUGAAGAAUGUGACAUAGCUGGACCCUCUUCUUAUUAUUGGUAUCGAGAAGCACUGAACAUAUCGCCUUCCAUCGAAAUUUCUGAAGGGAUUAACUGGAAAAUAUUUGGCUGUUUCGUCUUUGCCUGGCUUGUGGUAUACUGCUGUGUAUGUCGAGGCAUCCAGUCUUCUGGAAAACUGGAACGUCUCAAAGACCCAUUAGUUUGGCUUGAUGCUGCUGCUCAAAUAUUUUACUCUUUCGGUUUGGCUUUCGGUGGAUUAAUUGCCUUUGCCAGUUAUAACAAACCAACCAAUAACUGCCAGACUGAUGCCAUUGUUGUCUCCAUUUGCAACUGGUUGACUGCCAUCUACGCAUGCCUCGUGAUCUUCUCAAUUCUUGGUUAUAAAGCUACACUAAUGUUUGAACACUGUCUGUCACUUAAUGCAAUUAAAAUCACAAAAUAUUUUCCUCACAUAAAUAUGACAGAAUACGCUGGUGAAGCAGUGGACUACACAACUCUUGGAAUACCCAGUGACAAAUUGAAAGAUUUGGCUCUCAUCAAAUGUGAUUUACAAGAAGAUUUGAACAAAGCCGCAUCAGGAACAGGUUUGGCUUUUAUUGUCUUUGCUCAGGCAAUUGUUGAAUUUGGUCCGUCCUCACCCUUUUGGUCGUUCAUCUUCUUCCUCAUGCUUCUUGCACUCGGUCUUGGCACCGAAUUUGCUACACUCGAGGGAAUCGCUACAUCGAUCAGAGAUUCCUCUCCUUAUCAGUGGACAAAGACGAAGUGGAAGUUGUCUGGUAAAUUUCUCGCUGCUGAAGGUACAGGAUUAGCAUUCAUUGUGUUUACACAGGCCAUUCUUGAGUUUGGCGAUUCUGCUCCAUUCUGGUCAAUCAUCUUCUUUCUAAUGCUUCUUGCUCUUGGUCUUGGGACAGAGUUUGCAACGAUUGAAGGGGUUGCUACAUCCCUGAGAGACGUUGCUCCUUUCGAAUGGAUGAAGAAACGCUGGCUGCUUUCUGGUGUUUUGUGUUUGUUCAGUUUUGUGGUUGGAAUCGUUUUCACGCUCAACAGUGGUGCUUACUGGGUUGAACUUUUCGACUUUUUCUCUGGAACAUUUGCACUAAUGAUUGUGGCCUUGUUAGAAAUUCUAGCAGUUUCUUACAAAUACGGUAUCAACAACUUUUGUAAUGAUGUAUAUGGAAUGAUUGGGAAAAGACCAAACAUAAUUUGGCGAGUUUUGUGGAAGUUUAUUGCCCCUGCUCUUAUUCUCAUUCUUCUGGUGUCCACCAUUAUAAUGAAGUUUAUCGAUCCUGUUACUUAUAAAGCUUACAACAAAAACGAGGCUGCUUUGUAUGAUAUGCAAUACCCUCUCUUUGCUAGCCUCAUUGCUGGGUUCCUGGUCUUGCUGCCGAUAGUUUGGCUGCCAGGAAUAGCUCUCACCCGGCGCUUUGGAAUGUUCAGAUAUGAACCAGAAACAGCACCAAUCGGUAUGGAAGGAAUCAUUAGUUCCAGAACAGCAUUUGUGGAUGUCACAGACAAUGCAUCUGAAUGUACAAAUGGUAGAAAAUCGGUGAUACAUGCAACAUCAGAUGGAACAAGACUUGCAAAGCCGAGAAGUGGGGAAAAUUUUGUAUGAAACCAUGAUUUAAUUUUUUUUUUUUUUUAAUGUUUGUGUCUGCAGAAAUUUGAACACAGCAAAAUGACUUAUUCUUAUAUUAUUAAUAGAAAAAAGAAAUUCUCAAAUAAUGAAAUGGAUGAUUCUAACUUUUGAACAAUUAUGUGUAUAUAUGAAUGUAUGUAAAUGUAAUGAGUGAAUGUGUGCAGGAAAGAAAGAUAGAGUGAGAGUGAGAGAGUGAGAGAGAGGGAGAGAUAGAGUUGAAGUGUAACCGUAUAUCUUCAAUAUAAAGACUUGAUUGUAUAUAUAACUGUAUAUAUGUAUCUAUAUGCAUAUGGAUGUGUUUAUUGGUGGCAGUGUGUAAACACAUUUAUAAAUGUGUGUGUGUGUGUAUGAAAGGAUGGUAUGUAGACUAUGGCAUAGCAAGCAUUUUCAGUGUCUGGGGUCAAAGACUCUUUUAGCACUUCCACCUUUUAAGUAACCAACA